AUGGGCAAAAAGCGGAAAAGACCCAUCAAGGACUGCGGUCCCACGUCGUCUCACAUGGGUAUCACCACAUCUCCCCACCGUUUCAGAACUCCUCAUACCCCAAUUUCCCCAAUUUCCCAAAUAAAAACAAGCCAUCCCGUUAUAUCUCUGUACUACCGAAAUGUUGCACCCUUGCGGGAGUACCUGCUCCAGCAAUUGCCCGUGACCUCCAAGUCGCGUCGACGCCGCAUCCUGGCAUUGGGCACGCGUGAAGACCAAGACCCCAAUGCAGAAUUUCAAAAAUCCCAGACAUUGGCAGAGUUGCUAGACUCCACCCUGGUGGGUGUGCUGGAGGAGGCUUCUCCGACCCUUAAUUCGGAACGACAAAAGCAAUACUCAUCCUUUAGUGAGUCUCAAUCGCGGUCGAUUCUCACCAGCACCGAUACCGGGCCGAUCUGUCUGCAGUCUGAGGUGGUUGAUUUUGUGAUCUGGAAACUCUUUAAUCAUACCAAAGGCUCCUCCCAAAAGCCCCAGCAUGUACUGAAAUAUGGCUUUCAACGCCUGGGUAUGGAUGUCGUGUCCCGAAUUCCAAAUCAGAAUGUCCAGAUUCUCAAAGAGGGUGCAUGGGCAGCGAUCCCUGGCUUACUUGGUAGUAAUGGGGAGGAGAUUAUGAUGCAUCUCCUUUUCGACUGCGGAGUUUUUACCGCUAUCAACGCCCAAAAGGGCAUCUACUACCAACUCAGUGGUGUACCACUUUCAGACCUCAAACCUUUGAGCAAUGCGUUCUCAGGGGUUAAUGGGUCUGCUGUCACAGCACAGGACCCAAUGCCUACCACUGAUCAGAGACAAUCUGAAGAGAAGGCCAAACGCAAAGAGAACUCCGAUAAGUCACACCAAAGUCCAAACAAUAUUGUGUUUUUACGACGGCGUAUCCUCUAUGGACGUGUCGAGUCCAAAAAGAAAGUACCCUUUGGGCUAGGACAGACACACGUUCUUAGCCGCUUCUCCUCGGUUGAUUCGAUGGCGCAAACAGUCCAUGUAAUGAAGUACAUAUUUCCCCGGCAAUUCGGCCUGCUGAAUGUGUUUACGUCGGACUUGGAUGAACUCAAGAAGAUGGAUGUCUUGAAGGGUUUCAUAUAUCGUGAGAGUGAGAUAUCUCAUCAAGAAAAACGACUUCAGCGGCCCCAGCCCGAGAAUCAAUUCGCAGAUGCAGAUUGUGGCGAGAGAAGUGUCAAGGUACCGAAGAGGCUUCGUGGAAUUACCAUAGAGCUUGUCCGGAAGCUUCGGAACCGCAACGCACAAUGCUCCUAUGGAGAGUUGCUGCGAUACUAUUGUCCAACCAAACAAACCGGACCCGGGAGACUUGGUGCAUUUGCCUCUAUCUCCACACCUGAUGCCAAAGAAAGCGAGCCUAUCUCCUCCCUCAAGUCAAAUUUUGUAACACAGGUGCAAAUUAACCACCCGUCGUCGAGUGACAGUUCGACGCAGACCUCAUAUGAUGCCUUGAGGUUAGAGCCGCAUAUGGCUAUCGAUGCAUCUUGUGAAAUUGAUGCCAAGAAUCCGGUGAUUCGAAAAGCUCAAGUCAGUCUAACUGAUUAUGCGACUCCGGCAUCUUCUGUCUCAGCAUUUUGUCGAGCGGUGAUCCAGAAAUUGAUCCCUCGACAAUUUUGGGGACAUGUUGAUCGGUUUAUCAAAUUGCGCCGAUUUGAAAGUCUUAGUCUGCACGAAGUAUGCAAAGGCAUCAAGAUAACAGGCAUUCCUUGGCUGGGGCCACCCCAGGUCCAGACUACUUCACCAUCUGAGACAAGAUCGAAGAUCGCCCUGUCUGACUUGAACAAACGCACCGAACUACUCCAUGAAUUCAUUUUUUGGAUUUUUGAUUCAAUUCUUAUCCCUCUUAUCCGUUCGCACUUCUAUGUCACAGAGUCUCAAACGCACCGAAACCGCCUUUUCUAUUUCCGUCAUGGUCUGUGGCAGCAGUUGACUCAUCAACCUUUCGGGGACUUGAAGGCAACGAUGUUCGAAGAGCUCGAGCCAGAUCAGGCCAAACGUGUGCUUGAUCGGCGUUCCCUUGGUUUCGGUGCUCUCCGUUUGCUUCCAAAAUCCACAGGCCUGCGUCCCAUCUUGAAUCUUCGCAGACAACAAACCAAGAAGAACCCCUCAUGGGGAAACAGGGGCAUGUACUCUAGCGCCAGCAUCAAUUCAAGCAUCAAGCCUAUCUAUAAUAUGUUGACCUACGAGCGCCAGAAAGCUCCUGCCAAGCUGGGUUCGUCAAUGCUCUCCGUUAGAGACAUGCACCGCCGAUUGAAGGCGUACAAAGAAAAAUUGUCCAAACGAGUGCCCUCGGGUUCUAAAUCUUGGCAAUCCAAACUCCCACAACUGUACUUUGUCAAGCUUGACAUCAAAUCUUGUUUUGAUACUAUCCCCCAGAAAAAAUUGGUUGAUCUCAUCGAAGAGCUUGUCUCUGAAGAGAGCUACCGCAUCUCAAACCACAUCGAAUUCCAACCGUCCGCUCUCGAUGCGCAACAGGGAAACCCCACACGAAGAUAUAUGGGUCGCGCCUGGCCUGCAAUGAGACCGCAACACCUACCGGACUUCGUCAAUAGCAGAGGCGCAGCACAAAAGGCCAACACCGUUUUUGUUGACAAUAAAGCUCCAAAAGAGUAUGAUGCUGACAGUCUCCUGCAUAUCCUCGAUGAACAUGUCCGGAACAAUCUCGUGAAGAUAGGAGAGAAAUAUUUCCGCCAACGCAACGGCAUUCCCCAGGGCUCCGUGCUAUCCAGCAUCCUCUGCAAUUUCUUCUACGCCGAGCUAGAGCGAAAAGUACUAAAUUUUAUCAGACCAGAGGAUUCUCUACUCCUGCGACUCGUGGACGACUUCCUCCUAAUCACACCGAAUGCAGCCGUGGCAAUGCAGUUCCUGGAAGUAAUGAUCCAGGGCCAACCAUUGUACGGUGUACAAGUCAAUCCAGCCAAAAGCAUGGCCAAUUUCAGCGCAACGAUUGAUGGCAUCUUGCUCCCCAGACUAGAAGGCUCCCCAUUAUUCCCUUAUUGCGGCAGCCUCAUCGACACCUACACGCUCGAAUUCCACCGCGACCAAGACCGCAUCCUAGAAGGCGGCGAAUCAGCCGCUGCUACUCUCUCUAAUACCCUAACCGUUGAAGCCACCCGCCUCCCCGGCCGCACCUUCCACCGCAAAGUGCUCUCCUCAUUCCGCCUGCAGCUACACCCCAUGUACAUCGACGACGGACACAACUCGCGCGCAGUCGUGCUGGCGAACCUCUACUGCAGCUUCGUCACUUCUGCUAUGAAGAUGUACUACUAUAUGAAGUCGCUUCGGGGCCGUGCGCACCCCGGCCCCGCCAUCAUAACAAAGACUAUCCGCGAUCUGAUUCUGCAGACGGCCGGCACGAUCCAGGCUCGGCGGGCUGCUAAUUCGGAAUCUUCGUUCUCGUGUUUUGUCCAGCAGUCGCGUCUGCAGUAUCUGGCUUCUGCGGCAUUUCGAUUUGUUUUGAAGCGCAAGCAGACGCGGUAUGUGGUGGUGUUGCGCUGGUUAGAUUCGAUGACUAAAGAUGCUCGACCCGCGUCGGAUUCUGAGGCUUUGAGGAUGGCGCAGGUGGUGAAGAAGGGGAAUGCAAUGUUUGAGGAAUGGCGGUUCUAG